GCCACCCAGACGCUCAUCUUAAAGCACACAGAUUACUUCUGUAUGGGUGUAUACACCUGUAUUGCUGUUCUGGGAAUGAUUUCUGGCAAACACAAGACUGUUUGGAUCGUUUUUUCAAUUCUGUACAUAAUUUGUGUUGGUGUGAUCGGAUACAUGGUUUAUAAAGGAAUAAUCAUCGAAGAUGAAUCUGUCCACACAGGCGAUCAACAUCAAAACUGCUGUAAUUCCUGUAAUUGCUAUCCUUGUACCUGUCCUACGAAGUGCAUACAUAAGUUUUGGCUUGUGCUUAUGGGUGUUUCCAACGUGAUGCUUGCAGUGGUUGGUGCCAUAAUCCGAAAACCGGACUUUGCGACCUAUUUACUAAUCAUCUUACUUGUGAACCUUUUGCUCUAUUUUCUGCUGCAUAUCAUUCUGAAGCGCUGUGAUGGAGGGAUCGACCUACGCUCCUGGUUUCCUAGACUGAUCAGCAAAUGCACCAUUUUCAUUUUGGCUGCUAUUAUCUUGUGGGGUUUGGCUAUCUCCUAUUUUGUUAUCAAACAGUAUUCAUGGGAGCUGUCACCAGAAGAGUCCCGGAAGGAAAAUAAGCCAUGUGUGUUGCUGGACUUCUAUGAUUAUCAUGAUGUCUGGCAUUUCCUGUCUGCUGGUGCUAUCUUCUUUUCAUUCAUGGUUUUGCUGACUUUAGAUGGUGACUUGGACAAUAGGCCUGGAAACACAAUGUUUAUUUUCUGAGAGUGAUUCGUGGCCGACUGAAUGUCUGAAUAUACAACAACUGGUAUGUGAGAUGUGAGAGAUGUGGCGGGAGAUUUUAUUGGUCUACAUUAGAUAUACAAACAUCUGUUAAUAUGAAAUGUCUUACACGUUAAAGGAAGUAACACUUUGUAGUUAUGAAAUGUGACUCAAGUGUUGAAAUGAAAAAAAAAGACAGUAUGGAAUGUUUAUUUGCUAGUCUGUCAUAGACGAUAGUGCAUAGAAAGUGAUAUUUAAUAAAUGAGGUAAGCGAAUGCCACACCAGAUAAUGUAAUAUAGUGAUAGAAAUAAAGCAAUCUUUUACGGACAAUAUUUUAUUUUUCAGGCAACCCUUUUGUUGUCUACUUUUACAAAAUUCACUCUCCAUUUCUCGGAUAUUCUUUGAUUAAUGAGACGAUUUGGUUGUAGAGUCUCAGGUCCCGCCACUGUACAGGGCUGGAAGUACAUCAUUGGAACCAACAUCAGACAAUUGAAUUCUGAGCUCAAAGAUAUGAACUUUAGCCUAACACUGUUUUUCAAUUUUAUUUACUUAAGUUCUUAAUCCCUGUGCUUAUUUUUUUUCUAUGCAAUGUGAGAACUACGCUACAUACAUGUACUUCAUUAUAAUCAUCACUACCACCACUAUCAUCAUAACCUUAACCCAGUAUCAGUUCUCUCAUCAGUUCUUUCUCCUAAACUAACUUCCACCAUCUUGACGGUCAGUGUAAUCCCGGUUUUUAGAGUAAUCUAUUGAAGUUAUUGUGUACUCAUGUGUCCUUUAUUUACCAGUAUUCUUUGUCCAUAUAUUAAGUAUACCUGCUUAAUGUACAAUAUACGUAUACACACAGAGACGUAUGAUUUAAAUUAAAAUCUAUGUCAUGCAUGUAAUUAUCACCACUAACAUCACAGUCGUUCUGGCAGUUAACAAAGCAUGCAAUACGCACACCUGUCUCGUGCAAAAUUCCUGCAAUGAUCGCAAGUAUCUUCUCCGAAACCAAGACCUUCACAAUACACAGAUGCACUCGAUGGACCACAUUGUAAACCUUUGUAGUGUGCUGCUUGUACUUUAUUUGAAUAAUAACAGUCUUUCUUGUUAAUUAUUGUUUAGUGUCAUCAUUGGGGCAACUGGUAUGCAUGUUUGUACAAGAAAACUAAUAAAAGUUAAAUACAUCA